AUGCAAUUGGAUAACCAGAUUGCCAAACUGCUGGUUGAGUUGUCCAAGAGUCAGGACGAGGAGAUUGGUGAUGGUACUACUGGUGUAGUGGUUAUCGCUUCUGCUUUGUUAGAACAAGCUUUGGAACUCAUUGACAAGGGUAUUCACCCCAUCCGUAUUGCUGAUGGUUUCGACGAGGCUUGUAAACUUGCAGUUGCUCAUUUAGAUAAGAUUGCUGACGUUGUUCCUGUCAGCACAGAGGAUAAAACUAAUCUGUUAAAGGCUGCUAGAACCAGUUUGGGCAGUAAGAUCGUUUCUAAAGCACAUGAGACUUUUGCACAGAUUGCUGUUGAUGCGGUGUUAUCAGUGGCUGAUAUGGAGAGAAGAGAUGUUGAUUUCGAGUUAAUCAAGGUCGAUGGUAAGCAAGGUGGAUCCUUGGCUGAUACUUACCUUGUCCAUGGAGUUAUUCUUGAUAAAGACAUGUCGCAUCCUCAGAUGCCUCACGAGAUUAAAGAUGUUAAAUUGGCUAUUUUGACUUGUCCAUUCGAGCCUCCUAAGCCCAAGACCAAGCAUAAGCUCGACAUCUCCACUGUGGAGGAGUUCCGGAAACUACAGACAUACGAACAAGAUAAAUUCAAGGAGAUGAUUGAAUACGUUAAAGAUUCCGGUGCUAACCUUGUUAUCUGUCAAUGGGGUUUUGACGACGAGGCCAACCACUUGUUGUUACAAAACGAACUUCCUGCUGUUAGAUGGGUUGGAGGUCCUGAGAUCGAGCUUAUUGCUAUGGCCACCCAAGGAAGAAUUGUUCCUCGUUUCGAAGAUUUGACCAAUUCUAAACUAGGAUCGGCUGGAUUGGUGCGCCAACUCGAGUUUGGUACUACUCGUGACCGUAUGCUGGUUAUUGAGCAAUGUGCCAAUGCCAAGGCUGUCACUGUUCUUGUCAGAGGAAGUAAUCAAAUGAUUAUUGACGAGGCCAAGAGAGCUUUACACGAUGCUUUGUGUGUUGUUCGUAACUUGGUCACUGAUAACAGAGUCGUUUACGGUGGAGGCGCUGCCGAGAUCGCAUGUUCAGUGGCAGUGGCCGAGGCUGCUGACCGCCGAACCGGUAUCGACCAAUAUGCAUUCCGAGCAUUCGCAACUGCUUUAGAUGCUAUUCCUAUGGCUCUGGCAGAGAACUCGGGUAUGUCUCCUAUCGAGUCACUGGCCACUGUCAAGUCGCGCCAGAUCAACGAGUCCAACGCCAGACUCGGUAUUGACUGUCUGGGCACCGGCACCAACGACAUGCGGGAAAACUUCGUCAUCGAUCCCCUCAACGGAAAGAGACAGCAACUGCUGUUAGCGACCCAGCUCACUCGUAUGAUCCUCAAAAUUAACGACGUUAUUGUCAGCGGCACCGACGAAUACUAG